CCCGGUAACGUAUCUGGUGCUGGCCUCGUUGUAAAGCAGGCCAGGGGCGGAGUUAAAGAAAUGCGUAAUGACGUUCCCAAGUCAACGGCAAAGCUGAAGGAAGAAGGAAACCACGCAGAGACGGAGGACAAUGGCUGCAUUCGCCGAUUGUAACAGAGAGAAAACUCAUUGGUCUUCCUACGAGGCUCAGGUACUACUAACACUUUGGGCAGAUUCAAGUAUCCAGCAAGCACUGGAAUCAACAGUGAGGAAUGAGGGAGUUUACAGUAGGAUCACAUCUGAAUUGGCGGCAGUUGGCAUUCACCGUAGCAUUAAACAGUGCCGAGAAAAAAUUAAGAAACUCAAACAACAGUACAAAAAGUUAAAAGACCAGAACAGAAAAACCGACGCUGAGUGGUAUGUCACCAUGGAUUCGGUCCUUGGGCACAGACCGGGAGCCAGCUUUGAAUGUGACGUCACGUAUUACAGCCCAGACACUGCAGUGGAAAACGGCACCGCGCUUACAGACGAGGCCCAGUUAGGUUCCGACGGGGCUCUCUUCGGCGCUUCUCCGUCAGUGGAAAAUGGGCACAGGAAGACUGAGCACCAUGCAACGAAGAGAUGGAAUAAUCAACGGCGGCGAAUUUUACUGAAAGCCAAGCAAACGGCGCUGCGCAGGCUCGCGUUUCAGGGGAGAAGCUGUCCCUCUGUAGCAGCUGCUGCACGCGGGGAGAGAAACGCGAGGAGAGAACCGUACGCGCUGCCCCCGAGUGAGGACAAAUUCAGCUCGGGAAUUCAUAACCAGCCUACUGAAACAGAAUUUUAUGAAGAAAACACUGGGGAGAAACAACACACAAUAAAAACUGAGACCAAGGAGUCAUUUGAAGGCCUGCGGAGCACAGUGCAGCAGGACCUUCUGGCGGCCCAGCAGGAGCAGUGCCGUCUGAUGGCCGAACACAACGCCAUCCAGCGCACGCUGGUCAGGGCGGUUUCCCGUGGCAACAGGUGCAUGAGCGAACUGGCAAAGAGCACCAGAGCCCAGACUGCCGUUGCCGCCGGCGUCCAGGACAGGAUCGUGCAGUUACUGGAGAGGCAGGAGUGGACCAAUCAGCUGCUCGCCAUGAAGGUGAUGGGCGUGUCCUCCACAGCACCACAAAACGCACAGGAAAUGAGAGCAGGGCUCUCUGUGUCUGCUGCUGGACCCUCGUCUGUGGAUCCCAGUGCAUUGUCCGGCAAGGAAGUCACUGAACUCUCACUUACCUCUUCAGCUACAGACCAAGGAAAUAUAUCAGCUUGCUACCUGAUGAUGGAUUCGUUAAGACUUUACGACGGUGCGCUGCCUUGGACUCCGGAGGAGAUCCAAGCAAUGUUGUCUAUUUGGGCUGAUUCUACCAUCCAAAAAGAACUCGAGUCGUCAGUGAGGAACGAAAAGGUAUUUCUGCGGAUUUCAUCCGAACUGGCCGCGGUGGGAUUUCUGCGCAGUGCAAAGCAGUGCCGUGAAAAAGUUAAGAAACUAAAACAAGAAUACAGGAAACUCAAGGAUCACAACAGUCAAGGCGGUCUAGACAGAACAAGGGGGAAAUGCUGGUUCAAUCUUAUGGAUACUGUCCUGGGCAAUACUACACCUUCAUCGACAAUGGGGGGUAGUCUGUUGUCGAAUUCUGCCGUGGCGAUCCUGGAGGCAAUGUCGUCUCCCUCGCAAACCUCUGAAGAUUCAGCGCUGACAGGCGACGAGCCCAUAGUAGAGGUCCAGAUUCUUGGUGAAGAACAACCGCCGAUCAUUCAGGCAAUGCCCGAUGAACGAUUCCCCUCUCACGCGCCUGCUGUUUCCAUGCCCAAGCAGGCUGUAAAGAGAAAACGCGCGUUGUGCUCUAGUGAGGAGUGGAAGAAGGUGAUUGCGGAAUCGGACGAGCAGUACGUGGGCGCGCUGCACAGGAUGAUGGAGAGCGAGAGCCAGCACCGGAGGGAGGAGCUGAGGAUGAGGAGGGAGGAGAUGGAGCUGAAGAGGGCCGACGCGCAGCUGAUGAAGGACGAGGCCUCCUCUUCCUCGGCCGUCCAGGGGCAGCUGGUGGGCGUGCUGGGGCAGAUCGCGGAGCUGUUCCGAGCCAAGCAGGCCGCGCUACACGCACGCGCGCCGCUGGGUGGACACGCCCCCUCCCCCUCCCCCGCAGCGUCGCAGACCGCACCCCGGGGGGGGCAGGCGGGGAGCGAGCUCCACACACCGGCGGGGAGCGACGCCCAGCCUGGAGCCGACCGAUGCCAGACUGCCGCAGCAGAGUCGCAUGAAGAGAAUCGGUCCAGACGGACUCAGAACGCGAUAAAAACCGAGGUGGAGGAGCCUGUUGCUGUCCAGCUCGGGACAGACGCGGGUCCCAUAAAUUUGGAAACGGUUCCCGCGCGGUACGAGGAAGGCCCGGCUCGCGGUGCGACGCAGGGGGCCGCAGCGAUCGCAGUGCAGCAGGACCUUCUGGCGGCCCAGCGGGAGCAGUGCCGUCUGAUGGCCGAACACAACGCCAUCCAGCGCACGCUGGUCAGGGCGGUUUCCCGUGGCAACAGGUGCGUGAGCGAACUGGCAAAGAGCGUCAGAGCCCAGACUGCCGUUGCCGCCGGCGUCCAGGACAGGAUCGUGCAGUUACUGGAGAGGCAGGAGUGGACCAAUCAGCUGCUCGCCAUGAAGGUGAUGGGCGUGUCCUCCACAGCACCACAAAACGCACAGGAGACACAAGCAGGGCUUUCUCUGCCCUCUGCUGGACCCUCGUCUGUGUUCCCGAGCUUGUUCCCUGAGCAGGAAGCCGCUGAACUCUCACUGACCUCUUCAGCUACACAUCUCAGUAACGCUUUAUAAAAAAAACUUUUGCUCGUUGAUCGUUUUCAUCCCCCCCCCCCCCCAUUUAAAAUACUAAAUUUACAUUCCUUUCAUUUUAUAUAUUGCAGACUAUUGCAUCACAUUUUCAAGUGAUCCUGCAACAUCCACUCCAGUUUGUUUGAAAAGAACUUAUUCCCUAAAGAGUGAAACAGUAUUAAAAUAUUAGUGAUUUGCACACUUGCCAAACAGUGGAAAAGGUUGUUUCCAUCCAGCAGAGUUUAGGACAUUGUCUCAUUUCUGUAAACAUAACACUUGGGGAAAGGGGGGGGGGGUGUGUUGUAGUAGAGAACACCAAAUAAAUUGGAGCAGAACAAGGUAAUUUUAACACUGAUUUAACAUUUCUGCAUUUCUCAUGGUCUAUAAAUGAGCAUGACAGUGAAGGUAAAGUACUUAAAAAUCACAAAAU